AUUGCAUCACAUUCCGUACCCGGUGAUUCUUACGUGCAUGCUCACGAGAGCCAAAUCCUGGUUGCGCGAGCAUUCCUCCCGGCACCGAAAGACUCCGAUUAUAGGAUCUGGCUGCAUGUGGUGAGAGACGCACGUACCAACAGCACUUGAUAUCGAAUCACGAUCAAUGGCGCCUCAUCAACGCUUGCGCACGGCAAGGCCUGUUUUCAGAAGCUCACUGCGCUGUAUCACAGGCGAGGCUGCGAGUUCAGCGAACAUCGCCCGCCACUUGCCGCAUAUUUCCGGCAGCCCCAGGGCCCCAGACACUAUCGGCCAUUUCUCCCCAGCAUCGGUGACUAUUCGGUCUUCCUUCUCUUCAUUUUCUACCUCUUCGUUUCUGUCCUCGCCUCUCCUUUCCACUGGCAGAUUGCCCUCGCAACUUCAGCAGCAGCGAUCGUUUGGGACGACAGCCGCCGCCAUGGUUGCCACAAAGCUUGACGGCAACAGCAUUGCCAAGGCCAUUCGCGAACGGCUGGGCGCAGAAAUUGCUGAGAAGCAGAAGAAGAACCCCCGCUAUCACCCCAGCCUCAGAAUCAUCCAAGUUGGCGAUCGUUCCGAUUCCACUACCUAUGUGCGCAUGAAGCUCAAGGCCGCCGAGGAGGCCCGCAUCGACUGCAAGUUGCUUCACUUCCCAGAGGACAUUACCGAGAUCGAGCUCCUCGACCAGAUCCGUCGUCUUAACAACGACGAUGCUGUCAACGGCAUCCUUGUCCAGCUGCCUCUCCCCAAGCACAUCUCCGAGGCAAGCAUCACCUCUGCUGUCGCUGACGAGAAGGAUGUUGACGGCUUUGGAACCAACAACAUUGGCGAGCUUGCCAAGCGCGGCGGCCAGCCCAUCUUCACUCCCUGCACUCCCAAGGGUGUCAUCACCCUGCUGAAGGAAGCUGGCGUUGAGCUUGCUGGUAAGAAUGCUGUGGUUAUUGGCCGCAGCAACAUUGUCGGUGGCCCUGUUACACAGCUCCUGAACCGAGCCAAUGCCACCGUCACCAUGUGCCACUCCGCGACGAGCGAUCUUCCCGCCUACCUCAAGAAUGCCGACGUUGUCGUCGUUGCUAUUGGAGCUCCCAACUUUGUCAAGGGCGAGUGGUUGAAGCCUGGUGCUGUUGUCAUCGAUGUAGGAACCAACUACAUUCCCGAUGCUACACGCAAGUCCGGCCAGCGACUUGUAGGUGAUGUCGAUUUCGACUCCGCCGUUGAGGUCGCUUCCGUCAUUACCCCCGUUCCAGGCGGUGUUGGCCCUAUGACCGUUGCCAUGCUGUUGGAGAACGUUGUCGAGGCCACAAACAGCUUUUUCGAGAAUGAGAAGCUUAGGCAGACUGUGCCCCUCCCGCUUCACCUUCAGUCUCCCGUUCCGUCAGACAUUGCCAUCUCCCGCGCCCAAGCCCCCAAGCAGAUUACCCGUGUCGCAUCAGAAAUUGGUAUUGAGGCCCACGAGCUGGAGCCUUACGGAGCAUACAAGGGCAAGGUCGACCUUGGCUUGCUCAAGCGACUUGAGCAUCGACGAAACGGCCGCUAUGUCGUUGUCACUGGUAUCACCCCAACACCUCUUGGUGAGGGCAAGUCCACCACCACCAUGGGUCUGGCUCAGGCCCUCGGCGCUCACGUUGGCCGAAUUUCUUUCGCCAACGUGCGACAGCCCAGCCAAGGACCGACAUUCGGUAUCAAGGGUGGUGCUGCUGGUGGAGGUUACAGCCAGGUCAUCCCCAUGGAUGAGUUCAACAUGCAUCUCACAGGCGACAUCCACGCCAUCACCGCGGCGAACAACUUGUUGGCCGCCGCCAUUGAGACGCGUAUGUUCCACGAGAACACUCAGAAGGAUGGCCCCCUGUACCGCCGUCUGGUACCUGCCAAGAACGGCGUGAGAAAAUUCCUUCCCUCUAUGCUGGGUCGUCUCAAGAAGCUGGGUAUCGACAAGACCAAACCUGAUGAGCUGACUCCUGACGAAAUCCGCCGCUUCGUCCGGCUGGAUAUCGACCCGGAGACAAUCACCUGGAGGCGCGUAUUGGACGUCAACGAUCGCCACCUUCGAGGCAUCACUGUUGGCACCGCUCCCACAGAGAAGGGGCACUCUCGUGAGACAGGCUUUGAUAUUUCUGUUGCCAGUGAGUGUAUGGCCAUCCUGGCGCUCAGCACUGACCUCGCCGACAUGCGCAGCCGCUUGGGCCGCAUGGUCAUUGGCACCUCUCGCGGCGGCGAUCCCGUCACUUGCGACGACAUUGGUGCCGGCGGUGCUCUUACCGCUCUGAUGAAGGAUGCUAUCAAGCCCAACCUCAUGCAGACCUUGGAGGGUACCCCCGUCUUCGUCCACGCGGGUCCUUUUGCCAACAUCAGCAUUGGCCAGAGCUCCAUUCUUGCCGAUAGGCUGGCUUUGAAGCUUGCGGGCACUGAGCCCGAUGAGGAUCACAACGAAAAGACGGGCUUCGUCGUCACCGAGGCCGGUUUCGACUUCACCAUGGGUGGCGAGCGCUUCUUUAACAUCAAGUGCCGCACUUCAGGUCUCGUGCCCGACGUUGUCGUCGUCGUCGCUACCAUCCGUGCCCUCAAGGUGCACGGUGGCGGCCCCCCCAUCGCUCCCGGCGCUGCCCUCGAUGCUGUCUACAAGCAGGAGAAUGUCGAAAUCCUCCGAGCUGGUUGUGUCAACCUCAGGAAGCAGAUUGCCAACGCCAAGUCUUUUGGCAUCCCCGUUGUCGUUGCCAUUAACAAAUUCGCUACCGACACCGAGGCCGAGAUCGCCGUUCUCCGUGAAGAGGCUAUUGCCGCUGGUGCUGAAGAUGCCAUCCUUGCUGAUCACUGGGCCAAGGGCGGUCUGGGUGCUGUUGACCUGGCCAAGGGAGUCAUUGCUGCCAGCGAGAAGCCCAAGGAGCUGAAGCUGACUUAUGGCCUUGACGGCUCGAUCGAGCAGCGCCUCGAGGCCAUUGCUCAGAAAAUGUACGGUGCUGCCAACGUCGAGUUCAGCGAGCUUGCUCAGAAGAAGAUCGACACGUACACCAAGCAGGGCUACGGCAACCUGCCCAUCUGCGUCGCCAAGACUCAGUACUCUCUGUCUCAUGACCCUGACCUGAAGGGUGCGCCCACUGGCUUCACGGUGCCCAUCCGAGACGUUCGCAUGGCUGCCGGUGCAGGUUACCUGUAUGCUCUGGCUGCGGAUAUCCAAACCAUUCCCGGUCUUCCCACCGCCCCUGGCUACCUCAACGUCGACGUCGAUCUUGAGACUGGCGAGAUUGACGGUCUUUUCUAAAUUCAUCGUACACUUCUUUUUUCUUUUUCUCCUUUUCUUUUCUUUUGGCAUUCAUGGGUUUUCCAUGCAUUGAUUGCCAUGUUAUCAAUGUUGGUGAAAACAUAUAUAUAUACCCAGAGACUCAACGUGGGGCACGAUAAGGAUGUAUGGAAUAUGGGAUUUUAUGACGGCUGGUGCAUCUUCAACAUAUGGCGCAGGCAUGCAAGGUACCGGGUUAUGAUUUGGAUGAUUGACCCGUUUAGAGUAAACAAGAGAUGCUAGAGCAUACAAUAGAAUUGCUUGGAUAGCAC